AAAAAAAAUAGGGAAAAAAAGUCGGCAGAGUCCCAUAGCCUUCAGGAAUUUCGGAUCCGACGCCCUCCCCCCGCGACCCCAGGGCUGACAACACCGGAACGAUGGAUAUCCACCGGUGCCGCUUCAUCCGUUAUCCUGCAUCGGCCAUCAAUGCGGUCGCGUUCACACACUCGUCGCUCCCCCCAGUUUCGGGCCAGAAGAAGCACACGCAAAAACACAUCCAGGUCCGCCUCGCGAUCGGCCGAGCCAAUGGCGACAUUGAGAUCUGGAACCCGCUCCAGGGGGCCUGGCAUCAGGAACUUGUCAUCCACGGCGGCAAGGACCGCAGCGUCGAUGGCCUCGUCUGGGUCACGGAGCCCGACGAAGAGAUGGCCGACGGCAAGGUGAUCCACGGCAAGUCGCGCCUCUUCAGCAUCGGUUACACCACCACCAUCACCGAGUGGGACCUGGAGCAGGCCAGGGCCAAGAAGCACGCCAGCGGCCAGCACGGCGAGAUAUGGUGCAUCGGCGUCCAGCCUCCCUCAAACAAGGGCGCCUCCGCGCCGGGCAGUCGGAAACUCGUCGCCGGCACCGUCGACGGCAACUUGGUUCUCUACUCGAUCGAGGAUGGCGACCUCAGGUUUCAGAGGACGCUCAUCAGGAGCCCGACAAAGAAGACCAAGUUCGUCAGUAUCGCCUUCCAGUCGCACAACGUCGUUGUUGUCGGUUGCUCCAACAGCACCAUCUGCGCGUACGAUAUCCGAAACGGCACCAUGCUGAGGCAGAUGACCCUGGGUACCGAUAUCUCCGGCGGUUCCAAGAACAUCAUCGUCUGGGCCGUCAAGUGUCUGCCAAACGGAGACAUUGUGUCCGGCGACUCGACCGGCCAAGUCUGCAUCUGGGAUGGCAAGACGUACACCCAAGCGCAGCGGAUCCAGAGCCACUCACAGGACGUAUUGUGUCUCUCGGUCAGCGCGGAUGGCUCCAAGAUCGUCUCCGGGGGCAUGGAUAGGCGGACGGCCAUCUACGAACCCAUUGCUGGCCAGGCCGGGCGCUGGUCCAAAGUGUUCCACCGACGAUAUCAUCAGCACGAUGUCAAGGCGAUGGCGUCCUUCGAGAGCAAGGGGAUUAGCGUCGUCGUUUCGGGCGGCUCGGAUGCAAACCCCGUGGUCUUGCCCCUGCGCGGUGCGGGCAAAGAGUAUCACCGAACGCUGCCACAUCUUCCACAGAACCCUCCUUUACAUAGUGCUCCCAAGGCUCGGUUUAUCGUCAGCUGGUGGGAAAACGAGAUCCGGAUCUGGCACCUGCUCAGCCCGGCGCAGAAGCUGCUCGAUGACCCGCAAGCGGCUCUCGGAUUGCGAAAGAACAGGAAGCUCCUCGCACAGAUCCUGGUGAAAGGAGAAUCUCACAUAUCAUCAGCGGCAAUUAGCGAGGAUGGCACGCUCCUUGUUGCCUCGACGGCUACCGACAUCAAGGUGUUCCAGCUGCGUCUCGCCAGGGGCGAGCACGCGGAGCAGCCUCAGAUCAGAAAAGUGGACAUGCCGACGAGCGGCCAUGCGGCUACCAAAGUCCAAAUCUCACCCGACAGCCGAUGGAUAUCCUGGGUAGAAGAAGGGAACAAGGUGAUGAUUGCCAGGGUGCAUACCACAGAGUCUUCGGCCGGCGUCGCCUACACGAUUUCUCGUCCCUCCAAGCUGAACCGACUCCGGCGUCAGAUUCCCAAGCACCUGCUUCUCGGCGGUCUCGGAUCCUACGACCGGAACAUUACACAGAUGGCCUUCUCGCCCGACAGCAAGCUUCUUGCCGUUGCCGACUUGGCAGGGUUCAUCGAUACCUGGGUCUUACGCGGCCCCGGCGAGGGAGCGAGCGGCGCGGGCAGCAGAGAUGACGAAGGCGCAGCUAGCAGCGACUCGUCGAGCGAUUCCUCCGACGAGGAAUACGGCGAUGUUGCCGGCGAACGCUGGGCCCGGAACCCCAGUGCCAAGCUCCUUCCCAAGCUGACCGCCGCUCCGGUGGUGCUCUCGUUCUCGAAGACGCGGCGGGAGGACGGGGACUACGACCUGCUGACAAUAACAGCGGUGAAGACCCUACUCGUUUUCAACCCCCUCCGCGGAGCCCUCUCCGAGUGGUCGCGCCGGAACACGUAUCCGAAGCUCCCGGCGCCCUUCAGGGACACGCGGGACCAAGUCAAGGGCGUCGUAUGGCAAGGCCACAGGGCCUGGAUCUACGGGGUCUCGUAUCUCUUCAUGCUGGACCUCUCCCGGGACCUUGACCCGGAGAAGGACUCGGCAGGGCAAAAGCAGGGCACCAAGCGGAAGCGAGGCGUGCAGGAGAGCGGCGCCGGCGGCAAGAUGGAGAAGCACUCCCUCGCACCCCAGCGGGUCAAGGCGGCCGUGGGGCCCGACGGAGCCAAGUGGGAAGACGUGGAGAUGGCCGACGCGGACGACCAGAAGAGCAUCAGCGCGAGCAGCGGGGUCGAUGACGACGACGAUGACGACGACGAGGACAUCGACGGCGGCGAGCUGCAGCGCCUGAGAGACGACCAGGGAGCUGCAGCACAGGCCAACGGCGACGACGCGGCGGGGGCCGGGAAACAGGUGACAAAACCAGCAGCGGCAACAGCAGCAGCGACAGCAGCAGCCGCAGCCAAGUGGUGGCAUACGUAUCAGUUCCGCCCGAUACUGGGCAUCGUGCCGCUCGAGGGCGGGCCUGGUUUGGCGAACGGGGACGUGUCUGAGGGUCGCCUGCCACCUCUCGAGGUUGCUCUUGUCGAGCGGCCACUGACCAGCGAGGACCUGCCGGAGCGUUACUUUGCAGAGAACGAAUGGGAGAGGUGAAAAUGGGGAUGGGGCAUGCUAGCAACGAUGGGAGCGUUGAGGUGCGGCGAGCUUAU